CUUCCGUUGUGUUCCUGAACGCCUCAUUGGGGCAUUAGUUUUCAACUUGAUCUCCACUUGAUGUCCAAGGUUUGACGCAUUGACGACAAGACUGCGAGGACACUGGGAAGAAACUGACGAUGAAUAGAACGCAUGGCGAACCAGAGGAGGGGGCAAGUCUGGGGGCGACAGGAUAUGAUGCAGACACAGAAGACACACAUGAUGCAGACACAAAAGACACACAUGAUGCAUGUGUCCUGUGUAUUCGGUGUGUCCUGUGUCUUCGGUAUCUGCAUCAUUACCUGUUCAAUGAGACCGAUGGCACAAAGGACGAGGACAUUUUGGAUGGGGAACAAGCUGCAUCUCAACAAGCUGCAUCUCCACAACCGUCAGACGAGCUGGGAGGAGCUGAUGAUGAAACAGAACCAGCUGCAUCUCAAGAAGCUGCGUCUCCACAACCGUCAGACGAGCUGGGAGGAGCUGAUGAUGAAACAGAACCAGCUGCAUCUCAAGAAGCUGCAUCUCCACAACCGUCAGACGAGCUGGGAGGAGCUGAUGAUGAAACAGAACCAGCUGCAUCUCAAGAAGCUGCGUCUCCACAACCGUCAGACGAGCUGGGAGGAGCUGAUGAUGAAACAGAACCAGCUGCAUCUCAAGAAGCUGCAUCUCCACAACCGUCAGACGAGCUGGGAGUGGAUGAUGAUGAAACAGGAGAAGCACAUAUUGCCGCCAAAAACUCCUCUAGUCCGCAGGAAACAGAGCGACCGAAAAGCCCAGGCCUGAUCCAGGUUGAGACGCCGACCAAGCGCUUCAAGAAAUAAUGUAUACAUAAUGUAAUGUAUAAGUGUAUAAGCUGCAUGUGACAUUUUUUCAAAUAAACACG